AUCAUUUUGCAUGAAUCAGUCAUUUUGCUCCGAAUCAAACUAGACAUGCAUAAAACUAUUUUAGUAGCUCUCUUUUUCUUUGCUAUUGCAACCAUUCUACAAUAUUCGUCAUGCCAUGCCCAAAACUCCCCGCAGGACUACGUUUCUGCCCACAACGCCGCCCGUGCCCAGGUGGGGGUUGGACCCAUAGCAUGGGACGAAAAGGUGGCAGCUUUUGCCCGAAACUACGUCAAUCAAAGAAUUGGUGACUGCAACUUGGUCCACUCCACCAACCGGCCAUACGGGGAGAACCUUGCCAAGGGCAGUGGCGAGUUCACAGGCCGGGCCGCGGUGGAGUUGUGGGUAAGGGAGAAGCCCUUUUACGACUACUCGUCGAAUUCUUGUGUUGGCGGAGAGUGUCUGCACUACACGCAGGUGGUGUGGCGCAACUCGGUACGGGUAGGUUGUGCGAGGGCUCGAUGCAACAACGGGUGGUGGUUCAUUUCUUGCAACUAUGACCCUCCUGGCAAUUACAUUGGCCAACGCCCUUACUAGGCAUGCGGACGUACAACCCUGGAGAAGAAAAGAGGGUUUCUUGCAAAUCCUUUUAUAUUUACAUACCGUGAUUUAUCGAAAUAAAUGAAUAAAGAGGAUUUCUUGAUAAUCCUUUUAUUGUCAAGAGAAAGCAAAAAUGCCUAUUAUGUGUAACUUGUGGUGUACACCAUCAUACCAGUGGCUAAAUCAAUGAAGAAUUGUAUCAAUUCCUCCA